ACUAAUCUAAGGUGUGUUUAUCAUUAUUUUUUUGGAUAUAAUGCAGAAUAAAACAUUAUUGAAAAAAAAUUCUAGACUAAGAAAUUUGGAGAAUCUCUUUAGCAGUGAACAGCAGAACGUUAUAUCAAGUCAAUGGACCACAAUAAUGCGCCGCCAGGAUGGCACUGUUCACUUCAAUCGUAAAUGGGCGGAGUACAAAAAUGGAUUUGGCAAUCCAAAUGGUGAUUUCUUUAUUGGUCUCGAAAUGAUGCAUGCUUUGACCAACGACAAUCGGUCACAAGAACUUUUGAUAGUUUUAACGGAUUUCGAUGGUCAGACGCGUUAUGCCCGUUACAGUACCUUUCGCAUAGGCAGAGAAGAUGAACAAUAUGCCAUUACCGAAUUGGGAAUGUACAGCGGUGAUGCCGGUGAUGCAAUGGUAUAUCAUAGAGGCAAAAAGUUUUCUACAUUGGAUAGAGACAAUAAUAGUGGCAAUUUACGCAACUGUCCGCAUACUUUCAUGGGCGGUUGGUGGUUCCACGAUCCUUGUUAUAGCGGUCAUUUACAUGGUCCGUAUCGACAAAAAGCAGAAGCGAAAACAUGGGGUCUUAGUUGGGGUCCUUGGAGAGGUUGGGAUUACUCCGUUAAAUAUGCUGCCAUGAUGAUAAGAAAUAAAAUGUGAAAUUUUUAUUGAUGCCUAACUUUAAAACAGGAUUUUUAGUACUUCUAUUUGUAAUAGAAACAGAUAAGCCUGCGUUC